AUGCGGAGUCCGGUGAUUUUCGUCCCCGCCGUUCUCUGGGGCACAGUGCACGUUGAUAUUGUGAAAAGCAUUUCUUCACUUGAGAGUUCUCUUGGAAAUGAUGAAGCUGCUGGCCAGGGGGAGACGGUUCCGGACGGCCUCCCCAAUUCUCUCGAGGGAGAGGAGGAGGGGGAGGAAGGCUGCCGGGACUGGGCCCUCUCUGGAAGCGCAGGCCAGAUCGCCUCGGCCAUGAGGGCCCUGGGGGUGGACCUCCUGCGGGAGAUCGAGGCGGAGAAGGGCAUGGGCAACACCAUCUUCUCACCCCUCAGCAUCGCCCUGGCCCUCGCCCACCUGUCCCUAGGGGCCGCCAACCAGACCCAGAAGCACCUCCUGGAGGUCCUGCACAUGGACUCCGUGCCCUGCCUCCACCAGGCGCUGCGGGAGGUCACCCAGCAUCUCCACCAGACGGCCCUCAGCAUAGCCGGCCGCCUCUUCCUGAAGAAAGGUGAGCCAUCCCUGUGGGCAAGAGGUGGGCAGCCUGUGNACGUUUUGAUGGUCCUUCUCAACGCGGUCUACUUCCAAGGGUUCUGGGAGACCAAGUUCGACCCCCUCCUGACGGAACCAAGCCUGUUCCACCUGGACAAGGAGACUGCGGUCUCCGUGGAGAUGAUGAAGCGACACAUCUUCCCCCUGAGCUGGUUCACAAUGGAGUCCCCGGAGGUCAAGGUUGCCAAGUUCCCCUUUAAAGGCAACACCUCCUUCGUGGCCAUCGUCCCCAGCCUCUACAAGCAGAAGAACCUCUCCCAGGUUCUGUCUGAGGUCCUCCAGCACAACCUGCAGGCGUUGUUCCCCCAGGAGAGGUCCACCGUGGUGAAGAUGCCGAAGCUGCACUUAGAGGACCACACAGACCUCAAUGAGGUCUUAACUCGGUUAGGUCUCGGUGAGAUGUUUUCUGCCCCAGACCUCAGCUGCCUUGCCGAGGGGCCCCUUGUGGUCUCCAGCAUCAAGCACCGGGCUGCCCUGGAGCUGGCCGAGGAAGGAGUGAAGGCGGCAGCAGCCACCAGCGUGGUGGGCGUCCGCACCCAGUUACAUUUCUUCCUUGACCAGCCCUUCAUCUUCAUGAUCAUGGAGGACAUGACGGGCAUCCCCCUCUUCCUGGGCACCAUCCGGAAUCCACAGCCGGGGGCUCCCGUGGAGAAGCACGUCCUGCCUGGUAAUCAUAGACCUCGCUUCCAGAAGCCCUGA